AAAAUGAAAUAGCAAUAGCGAACGAAUCGUCACCAAAGAUACGAGUACGAGUGAAGUGAAAAGAAAAAUAAAGAAAAAAGAUAUCAAACAGACUUCUGAUACAUUUAAAUUUAACAUAUUGGUGUUGUGGAUGUGAUUGUUUACCUUUAGUGUUUAUUGUUAUUGUUUCGUUACUGAUGUAGACAAAAUCGAUGAGAUUGUGUGUACAGUAAAUUCAGACAAUAUGUGCUGUGUUGAUUGCGAUUGACAUCUGACGUGAAACAAUAGGAAAACGUAUCUUAAAAAACUUCAUAAGCAAUAAGAAUGAGUUCAACGGAGACGAUCAACGUAACGGCUCAGCCGCUCUCGAAAGCAGUUGAAGAGAUCCUGAAGCCGCUCCAGGAACCGGUGUUCCUACAGACGAGAAGUGCCCAGGUCAUUGCGGGGAUAUUUGUAUGGACGGCACUGUUCAUUACUUGCCAACAGAUUUAUCAACACCUCCGUUGGUACACGAAUCCGUCUGAGCAGCGAUGGAUAGUACGUAUUCUUUUCAUCGUACCAAUCUACGGAUGCUACAGUUGGAUAUCGCUGCUUUUCUUCAAUGGCGACUCUUACUACGUCUACUUUUUCACAGUCAGAGACUGUUAUGAAGCGUUCGUGAUAUACAGUUUCCUGUCUCUAUGCUAUGAGUACCUCGGAGGUGAGGGUAACAUAAUGUCUGAGCUGAGAGGUCGCCCAGUGAGAGCUUCCUGUGUCAAUGGCACCUGUUGCCUCUCCGGUGCGACUUACACUAUAGGCUUCUUGAGAUUCUGUAAGCAGGCCACGCUGCAGUUCUGUCUGGUGAAGCCGGUUUGCGCUUUCAUCAUCAUCUUCCUGCAGUCCUCUGGCCACUACCAUGAUGGCGAUUGGACAGCUAACGGCGGGUACCUGUAUAUCACCAUAGUGUACAAUUUCUCCGUGAGCCUUGCUCUGUAUGGCCUGUUCCUGUUCCUCGGAGCCACCAGGGAGAUGCUGAAGCCUUUCGAUCCUGUGCUGAAGUUCUUCACCGUGAAAUCCGUCAUAUUCUUGUCUUUCUGGCAAGGCGUCGCUCUGGCCAUAAUGGAGAAGGCGGAGGUGAUCUCUCCUCUGUUCGACGCUAACGGAGUCCCCACCACUGCCGGUACCGUGUCCGCCGGCUACCAGAACUUCCUCAUCUGUAUAGAGAUGUUGGCCGCCGCUGUGGCGCUGCGGUACGCCUUCCCCGCGGCCGUCUACCGAGCGCACAGGGACACACACCGCUCCGUCACCAUGCAGAGCAUCUCUAGCAGCCUCAAGGAGACCAUGAAUCCCAAGGACAUAAUGACGGACGCCUUCCACAACUUCCACCCUCAGUACCAGCAAUACACGCAGUACAGCUCAGUGAUGAGAGGCGCGGGGAUCGGUAACCGUGGUUCUGAAGAGGGGACUGCCCUAGCGCCUCGACCUCCGCCACAGCGCGUGUCCACUAUCAGCCACGCUACAAACUAUCACGAGAAAACGACGCUUCUGAGUUCCGAUGAUGAAUUCCAGUGAAUCUAUCUUCAGUUUUUGUUGUUGAUAUAAUAUUUUUUAUCUGUUUUAUCUAUGAAUUUUUUUGUCUAUGGUUAUCGCUCUCAGAAUUUUUAUUUACAUUUGAUGAUCGAAGAUUCAACAAAUUAUAGAAUAAUUUUCAGCAAGCGAUGUGAUACGUGCAUUUACAAUACUGGCACUGUCGACAGUGUUGGAAAUAUCUGCUAUUUCACUACGAAUUUAAAAAGACUUUAUAUGAGCAGAUAAUAAACAAAAAUUGUGGGUAAAUAUGAUAUUAUUUGUUUUUCUUUUUAUAAUUUUAUUUCUAUAUUAUGAUUUCAAAGUUUAUGAAUAAUAUUUUGCUGAAACACGACGACUACGGCGCACUGAGGAUACUUACGUUGUAUAGUAAAUUAAAGAGUUACUAAUUGUAUUACACGAAAGAUGUGUACACAUUAUAUUAUUACAAAACUAAGUAAUGCAUCUUUUAUUUGUCUUCAUAAACUUGCUAUAUAGGUGAAUAUAGUUUCUUAGCGUAUUUACAGAAAAAAAAAAAUAUAAUAAAGAAUGGUAAUUUUUAUCUUGAUGUAAAAUAGCGCCCUAAAAUAUACUUUAUAUCUUCACAUAUAGAUAUUUACUGAUGACAAUUAGUGAAUAACAAAUCUUAGAAUUUUACUGUAUCUUAAAUAUAUUGAAUUCAGGUUAUAUUUAAUGCUCCCAAACGAAUGUGUUAAAGCAUAAAUAUUAUAGCUUCAAAAUCCAAUAUAAUCAGCCACUGCCUGAACCUUGUACAGAUAUUUAAUAGAUAGUCAGUUCAAUAGAUAAAUAAAUAUACAAUUCAAGUCCCACUUAAAAUCUUCAGAAGGAAAGUGCAUUUUAAUGUGAAGCAGAAAGUUUUGUACAUAUUAGAGCUCAGAAAGGAAAUUAUAUAGAAGCACGGCACCCAAUUUUUAUUUAGAUAGCUAAGUGUAAACUAUCUCUGCCUGAGGCCCGCUUUAAAUACAAAACUGCGUUGCUUCGCCGUCCAAUAAUAUUGCUAUGCACUCCCGUUAUACUGAUUUCUAAAAUAAAAUUAAUAUACAAUAACCGCCUGGGCCUUAUAAAUGCAUUUUGAGAUGACACUAACCUGUCACAAUGCAUAAGCUGUCAAAAUUGAACUAUUCGUAUAUUUUAUUCGGCCAUAAAUACCGAGUAAAGUAGGCUACAUUUAACUCUCUCUUAAAAUGCAUUUGUUUGGAAUAGUUUAAGUAGUUCUAGUUACUACGCUUUCGAUAACUGAAUAAUUUUUAUAUUUUUACAUAACUGUCACUUAAUUUUUUAUGUAUAUAUGCAUAUCUACACCCUCUACAUUACAUAUAUUUCUGUAGAAAAUAAGACAAUAGUAAAUUUUGCAUAUAAUGCAUUUAAAUAAACAAAAAAAAAGCAUUUCAGGAAUAAUUUUGUUACUAGCGUUUUCUUGUAUUACAUGACUUUAAUAUUUUUUAUUAUUUUACUGGUUACAUAAAUUCAAAAAAUAAAUAUAAAACAUAGAUAAGUAUAUGAAAUAUAAAUAUGAUAUUCUAUUUCAUUGUAUUUACGAAUUUUUAUUUGUAAAUAUAAUGUGCAUCGUAAUUGUAUUUUAAAUAAUCAAAUGUAAUAUUGUUAUAAGUAAGAAAUAAUCUUCAAUAAAAUAUUUCUUCUUUUUAAAUUGAUUUGUAUUGUUAAAUUAAUUUAUCUGAAUAAAAUAUGUAGAUCGUAUUUGUCAAUUAUCUUGACUUUUAUUCAACAAAAAGAUGGGCUAUUGGAUGAUAAUUAUUGUAACUGCAUGUAGGCCGAAACUGUGUAGAUUUUAAGAACCUAUUUUCUUUAUUACCUAUUAAAAAAGAAGAAAUUAUUUUUGUAAACAGAAAUAGGACAUUCACCAGGGCCGUUGUUAAAAGCUGAACAAAUUAAUGUUAGAUAUAUGAAUUAAAAUGUUUUAGCUCCAAGUUUUUAAGACUAUAAAUAAACGAUAUUCAAACAA